CUAAAGGAAUAUGGAGAAGGGGGAUCUGACUCCGAAGAUGAUAAUGGUAUUAUAAAUGUUGGAAAUGGAUUCCAUCUGUAUAAAGAAUUAUAUGAUAAGCUAUACCGACAUCAGAAGGAAGGGGUACUAUGGAUGUGGUCGUUAUUUAAAAAGAAAAAAGGUGGAAUUCUGGGAGAUGAUAUGGGAUUAGGUAAAACAAUUCAAGUAAUCAGUUUCUUAUCUGGAAUGUUUGAUAUGGAAAAAAUACAUUAUGUCUUGAUCGUCAUGCCUGUAGCCUUGGUUGUCAACUGGGAAAACGAAUUCAAUAAAUGGGCUCCAGGUAUUAAUGUGACAGCCUAUCAUGGAACUAGUAAACGAGAAAGAGAAAGAUCUCUAACCAAGGUUCAGAGAAGAGGGGGUGUUCUUAUUACAACUUAUGGUAUGGUGGUCACCAGUUGGGAACAACUUGGUGAUAAAGAUGGCAGGAAAUUCUCAUGGGAUUAUAUGAUAUUAGAUGAAGGUCACAAAAUAAAGAAUCCAACUAAAACCACUAAAGGAGUAUAUAACAUACCAGCUAGAAACAGAUUGAUAUUAACUGGUACUCCUGUACAGAAUAAUCUAAGGGAGUUGUGGGCUUUGUUUGAUUUCGCCCACCAUGGUACAUUGUUAGGUACUGCUAGAACAUUUAAAAUGGAAUUUGAGAAUCCUAUCACUAGAUCUCGAGAAAAAGAUGCCACAGUAAAUGAAAAGAAAUUAGGACAGGAAAUCUCAGAAGCCUUGAAGAAAAUCAUAGCACCAUUUUUCUUAAGAAGAACUAAAGCUGAAGUACAGGCCAAGAAAAAUGAAAGAUUGGAAGGGAAUGAAAAGGAACAGAGAAAAUCUGCCCAGAUGCCUAAUUUAACACGUAAAAAUGAGCUGGUAAUUUGGUUAUAUUUAACACAGACACAACAGAAAAUAUACGAAGAUUUUCUAGAGCUAGAUGAUAUUAAAGAGUUAUUGAUGACAACUAAAUCACCUCUAGUAGCUUUAACAGUUUUAAAGAAAAUCUGUGAUCAUCCCAGACUGUUGACAACUAGAGCUUGUGCUCAGUUAGGACUACAUGGUCAUGAUGAACUAGAUGAAGACAUGUUAGAAGCUCCUGAAGCAUUAGAAAGUGCUGCUACCAAAAUACAACAUGUACAAGAUCAUAUUUUAAUCCAAGAAUCUGGAAAACUGAUAGUUCUAGUAGAAUUAUUAGAUAAUUUAAAGUCUGAGGGCCAUCGUUGUUUAGUUUUUUCUCAAUCCAGAAAAAUGUUGGAUAUUAUACAGAAAUUAGUUACUAACAGGGGCCAUAAAAUAAUGAGAUUAGAUGGAACAGUAUCAAAAGUAGCUGAUAGAGAGGAAAGAAUACAGAAAUUCCAAACUGAUGACCAAUAUUCCAUCUUUCUACUCACAACACAGGUUUGUUGCUAG